AUGUUACAGAGUAUUGUUGUACUCUUAUUCGUUGUAAUUUCACUAAGUCGGUCUGAAGUAACCGAUUUUGACUUUAAUAUCGAAUUUGAUUCAAAGGAAACCGCUGAAGACUUAGAUGAUUUUUUCACGUUUUUUGAAAACGAAGAGUCUGCUUAUUUACUUGAUGAUGGAUGGUUUCAAGGAUUGAAAGAAGGGAUCAGUGAUGCAGUUGACAAGGGAACAAAGUGGAUGGCCAAAAAUGGAGAGGCUAUUUCCAAAGGACUUGACAAGGUUUCCAACAUAGCUGGAACCGUUGAAAAAUAUGCUGGAAUAGUAAAUAAAGUGGCCACAGUUGCUUCAGCAAUUCCUGUUUUAAAUACCGUUGCAGCACCAAUUGCUGCUGCAUCCAAAGUUGUUCAAACGGGUGCAGGAGCAGUAAGUACAAUAACAGGAGUGGCUAAAAAGGGGGUAGAUAUUGCUACUGAUUUUUCUAAAGGGUAUCAAAAAGGAGGUAUAAAAGAAGGUUUAAAACAAGGAGGAAAAACAGCACUUAAUUACGCAAAGGAUUGGGCUGUUGAUAAAGCUGUUGGUAUGAUUAAAGAUGGAGCAAAAGGUGCUGCUAAGAACAUAAUAAGUGGCAAAAAAGUUGAUUUAACGCCAAAGAAUAUGAUGAAGAAUGUGAAAGACAGUUUCAAUGUUAAAAAGAACAUGAAAGACACAUUUACAGAUCUCAAAGAUUCCACUGUGGGCGCAAAGAAGAGUUAUAAAAAGAAUUUGAUAGAGACGAAAAAGGAAGUGAAAGAAAACAAGAAGAACAUGAAACAGAUGAAAAAAGCAUUGAAAGAUCCAAAGAAGGCACUUAAUGCUCUUACAAAAAAUGUUAAAAGGGGAUUAGGAAAAUCUAUUAAACACUUACAAAGGGACAAAGCUAAAAGACAAAAACAAAAGGAAAAGAAAAAACAAAAAAUGAUGAAUAACACGAAUAAAAGAAAAGCAUCCAAACCUAAAAAAAUUCAAAAGCCAAAGAUAGUUAAUAAACCAAAAAUCCGAAAAAAUAAAAACAAGCCUAAACCACAAAAUAGACCAAAACCACAGAAAAGACAAAAACCAACGGCAAAUGCUCAAAAAUCACAAAAGAAAGGAAAAAAGAAAUAA